AAAUAUCACACUUUUCACGUCCAUUACGCGCGACGGUGAAGACAAGUCGAGGAGAGCGCGCAUUCGAACACUUAGUUAUUACCGGCGACGCCACCGUCACCGUGGAGAGCUAUGAUUAGAAUUCUCGUAGCCGGGGAAACCGAUCCAAGAAACGAUCCUAUACUUUGAUAGUAGUUUGACUUGAUGAUUGACACACAGUCGUCUACGGUGCAUACGCAUACCUUCAUACCUUCGCCCUGACAGGUAGCUACUGUGCUGUGACAAUGUCGGAGUUCUGACGAUUAUGACUCACAGAGACAAGAAGACAACUUUUUCCCAGCGUGCCUCAUGGAACGAUAUCAGGAAGACUUAGCUGGUCUGGACCCUGUCUUUCCAGAGGAGGAGGAAUGGGAUCUGUACAACUCCCUCUCGGCCCUGUCCCUGCCCAGUCCCCAGCCCCAACCCCGCUCCCCUCUCUGGUCCCAAGGCGGAGGCAAUAGGAGCUCCAAUGACCCUAACCCUAACACCCAGGAGGUGGGUGGAGGGGUCCCCAACCCAAAUUCCUACCUGAGACCCAGGACCCAGGAGACAGAGGUCCCCCUGAGAAGAGCAGCCCCCCUGCCACCUCCAAUACCCCCUCGGAGAAGAACCACCACCUCUGCUCUGCUGACCAAUGCUCAGAAGAGGUUCUCCUGUGACCUGACUGUACCCGCUAUCAGACUGAACCGUUUUAAUACAGUUAGAGAUAGUCAUCUGGAUACCUGGAACAUCAAACUGAUAGACACUCCACAAGGAAGCACCAAACAACUGGCUUCUCUCUGCAUGUUGACGUCCAAACUGUUGUCUACGUACCCCCACACUGACCAGGUGUCUAACUCAGGGGUGGUGUGGGGGCGUGUGUCACCCAUCCACCCCACCUUACUGCAGGAGGCUGAGAUCACCGUCAAUGUGUCUACUCCCUGGGUCCUCCACCAAUUACCCAUUCCCACCAUGUUGAACAAGACAGUCCAGACCCUGAUAGAUGAGAUCUUGCUGCUCUUGGAACAGACUAACCCAAGAGACAGCGGAUACUACCUGCUGAAGUUGUGUGAUUCUGAGGAGUACCUCAGGAAUGAGGAGAUGCUGGGUAUGCACGGAAGCAUCCAGGACUAUCAUAAGUGUUCCCUGGAAGUCCCUCUCAGAUUACUACAGGCUAACACACUACAGAAUCUGUUGGCAAGGGACGUUGAGGAUGACAGAGCUCCAUGUCACCUGUACCGGCUCCUUGGCUCUGCUUGUGUCUUCAACACAUCAAGGUUGAGCCUCCAGGAGAAGCUGAGUUGCUAUAACAAGGAGGUUAACAAACUGAUGAGGAGCAAGUGUGGGAGCAAUCUUAACCUGCUAGUGGAUGAGGUCUGUACCAUCAUCAACCUGCUGUGUGGGAUCUCUACUAGAGAGCUGGAAGAGGCUAUCGGCAAGCUACGGAGGAUUAAACCUGUAGCACUGGACCAUUUGGAAAUGUACGAGUGUGAGACCUCGAUGGUGAUGCUCCACCAGGCCCUGGGCAAACUGCUGCACGUUUUCUUUGACAACUUCAGCUCAGACUUCAGGGGCCAGGAUGUGUACCACAACCCCCCUGUCUGUGACGUAGACCACAGCUCUGACAUCCUCCAGCUCAACGUCGCAGCGCUCUACAGGCUACAACCCAACUGGUUAAACAGUUUUAAUUACUUCUCCAUUUCCUGUUCGCUGACGUACGGAGGGAAAGAUAUCUGUGAGACGGGCAUCUCCGAGAACAUCAGCACAGCCUUGUCGCUUGGCAACAAGAUUCAGUGUCACCGCAUGAUGGUGUUCCCAAAACAGAUCAAACUGCUACCUUAUGAGUCCAUGUUGACUAUACGGCUCCUGGGGAGUAAACAGGGCAAGACUCCUGAACUGUUACGCUGGGCCGUCCUGCCUCUAUACAGUAACAGGACCCUGGUGAGUGGUACUGUCCUGCUCAGCAUGUCUAUGCUGCUGGAGCUCUCUGAGCCUCCCUCCCCUGCCUUGUCAGACAGCCACAGACAGGCUACUGGCGUCAUCCUGCAGUUGGAGUUCCCGGAGACAGCUGAGUGGAGGUAUGAAAGGCCCAUCUCCCUUCCGGGAUCUGUCCUGUUCAGUCCUCCGUGUGAUGAGCUACGCAAGAAGAUAUCAGAGGUCUCCCAGAAACACUGCCUCGGCUUUUUGUCAGAGAAUGAGAAGGCAUUACUGUGGAGUAAGAGACACUGCUGUGAUGGGAGGACCACCUUCCUGCACCUGCUGCUGGGUGGCGUCCCUCUGUGGGCUCCAGAGAACCUGACUGAGAUCUACACCAUACUAGAACACUGGCCAAUACUCCACCCUGAGGAAGCACUGUUUCUACUCUCUAACAAUUUCCAUGACCAGACGGUGCGUCGAAAAGCUGUGCAGUACUUUGAGCAGACUUCUGAUAGAGAACUAGAGGAAUAUCUACCUCAACUGGUCCAGGCUCUAAAGAGUGAGUGGGAGUUGAAUGGACCUCUGGUGAUGCUGCUGUUGGACAGGUCACUGAAGAGUGUCAGGAUCGCCCAGCAGCUCUACUGGCUGUUGGUAGAUGCCCAGGAUGACCCCCAUUACCAGAGCUGGUUCAGUAAGGUGCAGGCUGCCCUGAAACACUGCUGUGGUAAAGCACUGAGGCAGGAGCUGGAACGCGAAACCCGCCUGGUAACCCUGCUCACGCAGGUGGCUGAGAGGGUCCGCAAAGCUGACAAAAACCGCAGGAAGGAUGUGUUGAAGAAAGACAAGUGGAAGAUUGACAGCUUCUUCAAGAACGGGAUCAGCUGUCGUCUACCGUUGGACCCUGCAGUCCUCGUGAAGGGAGUUCAUUUGGAUGCCUGUAAAUUCUAUAACUCCCACGCUGCUCCUCUGGGAAUCUCCUUCAUCAACACAGAUCCUCUGGGCAGGAAAAUUUCUGUCAUCUGCAAGACAGGGGAUAACCUGCGGCAGGACAUGCUGGUGCUGCAGAUAGUGCGUGUGAUGGACAAGGUGUGGCUGCAGCAGGGACUGGACAUGAGGAUGGUUACCUAUAGGUGUCUCUCUACUGGGCGAGACCAGGGUCUGGUGGAGGUGGUUCCAGAGGCAGUGACCCUGGGUAAGAUCCAGCAGGAGUGGGGUCUGGGUGGGGCGCUGAGAGAGGACACCCUGGAGAAAUGGUUCCACAUGUGGAACAAAACUGAGGAGGAUUAUGAGGAGGCUGUGAUGAAUUUCCUCCACUCCUGUGCUGGCUGGUGUGUAGCGACCUUCAUCCUGGGUAUCUGUGACCGCCACAACGACAACAUCAUGUUGAAACACAGCGGUCACAUGUUCCACAUCGACUUCGGAAAGAUUAUGGGCAAUGCACAGAAGUUCGCCAGCAUCAAAAGGGACCGGGCUCCAUUCAUCUUCACCUCAGAGAUGCAGCACUUCAUCACCGGCGGGGGUCAGAAACCCCAGAGGUUUCAUCGCUUCGUAGAGCUCUGCUGUGAAGCCUACAACAGCAUCCGACGACGCACCGCCCUGGUGCUCAGCCUACUGCAGCUGAUGCUGGGUGCAGGCAUGCCGGAGCUGAUCAACAUCCAGGACCUGCAGUAUGUUCAGAACCACCUGAAACCCCAGGACUCUAAGAUGGAGGCUACGUCCUACUUUACCAAGAAGAUCAAGGAGAGCAUGGGCAGUUUCCCGGUCAAACUCAACUUCCUGAUCCACACCAUGGUCCAGUCGUCUGGGAAGAAGCUGGCGCCACCCAGCCCUUCUCAGAACACCUCCCCCAACACCAACAUCCAGGAAGCUGUCAUACAGAAGUACUCCGUGAAGGGCAAGGAUGUGACUUAUGAGCUGAGGGUGACCAUUGAGGACGGCUAUCUGAUCAGCGAGAAGACGUUUGGCCAGUUUGAGCUGAUACACAAAGAGCUGAAGAAACACUUCAUAGAGUCUACGCUCCCACAAUUCCCCAAAUGGUUCAAGAUGUCGUUCACUCCAGGCAGAAAAAUGUCCCUGCUGAAUAAAUAUCUGAAGGAACUGUUCGAAGGACCAUGUAAAGGCAAUGAGUAUGUGUGCUGUUUGUUUCUGGAUGGACCCAAGACCAGGACUCCCAACUCUGUGAAAUCAGACAGAGACUGUGGACCCCAGAUUCAACUCUACAUUUCCUACAACGACCACAAGCUCUCUGUCCUGGUCAAACACCUCAAGAACAUUAGGUUGGCCAAUGGUUCGUGUCCAGAUGCCUAUGUGGUCACCAGGCUGAAGCCAGACCCCCUCAAAAGAACCAAGAGGAAGACCAAGGUGGUCCGCAACAACCACAACCCUACCUUCAAUGAACUGAUAGAGUACGGUGACAUGUCGUCCGUGCAAGACCGCGAGUUAGAGGUGACAGUGAAGAGCAGGAAGGUCUUUGUGGCCUCAGCGAUCGUCAGACUGGAACAGAACAGCAUGGACACAGAGGAGUGGUUCCUGCUGGACAAUCGGGUGCCUAGUGCCUUUUCAUUAGGGCGCAUCGCAGCAUAACGUUUUUACAACGUUGCACAGUGAUGCCUGCCUAGUGCGGAAACCCAAGAUGAACGUUUCUUAUUGGACAAAAUCCAAGUAGCACUGUCCCUCCCUGUUUCAACUCAGUUUGAAAACGUUUGUAAAACAAAAAGAAGUGUCUUUCAUUGGGCAAGAACAGGUAGUACCUCAUUCUGUUUUCAAAAAACGUUUUCUCCCUACUGAACACCAUUCUGGAGAGGGGAUGUGAUGCCAGCCUGCCACCGCUAGAUGGCAGUGCUAUACAGGAACUUCCAUGGAGCAUGGAGGAUUUGUUACAUUUAGAAGUUGUCUGUUCUAUUGCCACUGAUAUGGGAUCUUUUUUUAACAUUCCUCAUCUAAUCCAGAACUCUACCAUGAGGGAGGGAAGUAAAAACUCAAUCCCUAGAUCAGCAUCUAAGGAGAAUUCUACAACGGGUUGGUCAAAACAAGCAUUGUGAUAGGUUGAGACGUGUUCUAAGCCAUACUAAGAAACCUGUUUAGCACAGGUACAUCUACGAUGCAAAAAAACCCGGCCAUUUUGUUUUCUGUUUAAUCUGAGAAAUGUUUGAGCAUCCAGUGUCCCAUCAGCCCAGCCAGCCAAUUCAUUAACUUGAUGUCCACCUGUAAACACACCUAGGCAUGGUGUCACCUCCCUUCCAGCCUGACAUUUGGUUUACAACAAUGGGGGGUUUGUAUAAACGUUGCUGUGUGUCUCUCGACAUGUGCAACAUUGUUUCCAGUGUUGAAGAUCGAUCUCUACUGUCCUAUUGAGAAUUAACGUGUCAGGAUGAGACUGACAUCUUAUCUCAGCCAGUCGAAAUCAUGAAUCACCAUCUUUUUUUUUUUAUGGAUAUACGGUAUUCAAAGAAAUGUCAUUGGAACAACAGGUCAAACGACUUGAAAUGCAGCUAAUUUUCUGUCUUACCAGCAUUUUUCUCUGUAUAUAUAUCCACAUAAACAUUUAGCUGAUUCGUGACUGGCUGAGAUAAGAUCGGUUAGGUUCUCAGUCGUGAAGUCUUUUGUUCUAUGGACGCGACCGCAUCGUUAGUUCUAAAUAUUCCGUUGCCAUGCUGGCUGGCAAAUGAAUGUCAAUAGAAAAAUAGGUCAAACGACUUGAAAUGCAGCUAGUUUUGCUGUCUUACCAGCUUGAGUUUGAAGUGAUUGCGUUAGCUUCGUAGUUGGCUAGCUCCUCUGAACAGUGUCCCGACGAGAGAGAGCAAAUGUUGUAUGCCAGAUGAAAUCGCGCAUCGUUAGCUCAUCGUUAUGGAUGUACCCAAAACAGCUUAAAAAAAACGCAGCUCCUUUGCUUUUAUUCUAGCCGCACUGUUUGACCUGAUUGUGCUAGCCGUAGUUGGCUAGCUAGCAAGCGAGGGAUAAGAGCGUUGCUAGCCACCAUGGCAACGGAACAUUUAGAACGAACAACUUGGUCGCGUCCAUAGAUACAGAACAAAAAGACUUAACGACUGGGUCACGUCUCUGGCAACCUAACAGAUAGAAUGAACGGCCAGCCGGCAAGCUGCAGUAGCAACCAUAGAUGUGUCGGGAUUAGGCCUAUCUUUUCGUUGAGGGAUGAAAUAGUAGCUUAUGAAUAUAUUGAUCAAAAUUAUGUUUUUUUUAUUGAACUGGUAACCCGUUGUAGAAAAGCAAUUGCACACUCGAGGUUGUGCAAAACAACUUGUUUUAGCACGCCUUCUCAUGUACCACUACUUUACCUCUUCCUGCUCCUUCGUAUAGACGAGUCAACAUCCUGUUCCUUCGUAUAGACGAGUCAACAUCCUGUUCCUUCGUAUAGACGAGUCAACAUCCUGUUCCUUCGUAUAGACGAGUCAACAUCCUGUUCCUUCGUAUAGACGAGUCAACAUCCUGCUCCUUCGUAUAGACGAGUCAACAUCCUGCUCCUUCGUAUAGACGAGUCAACAUCCUGCUCCUUCGUAUAGACGAGUCAACAUCCUGCUCCUUCGUAUAGACGAGUCAACAUCCUGCUCCUUCGUAUAGACGAGUCAACAUCCUGCUCCUUCGUAUAGACGAGUCAACACCCUAAACACGCUACUAGUGGUUCUGGGAGGGUGUUUGGAUACGAAGAAUGAAAUGUUACAAGGGACUUGGGCUAGCAGGGACACUCUAGUCUGAUUCUGGACACUAGAUUUAGAAUCUAUUCUCUACACUGCAUCUUCCUUGUCUUUUUAUAUCUCAAUGUGAACAAAAUGAAGGAAAUGUAUGUUUUGAAAAUAUGUAAUUAAUUGUAGCCAUUAUUUAACUCAUAAUUGACUAUUUGUUAUGUGUGUAGAUCAUUUGUUGUAAAAUGUAAUAUUGUUUAUACUGUGACUCCUAUCUCAUGUCUUAAUGGCCUGAUUGUGUUAGUACAGUGAUAGAU